AGGAGUGAUCGCGCCAUGGUGUCAAGCCCUUGAUCCUUCCAGCCCUUCACCAACCUUCCGUUCCUACUGCAUUCAUGGCAUACCGAUUCCCUCCCAGCAUCCUUCGAGCUUCCCGUCAUCACGUAGCGCUCAGCUUGCUCGCCUGCUCGCUCGCUGUGCUCUGUAUCCUCGGAUGGCAACACGCGCAGGGGAGCCGGCGAGUGUCGCUCGCGCGUCUCGAUGCGGAGUCGGAGAUGGCGGGGCUUGAGGCGGACGUGACGUCUGCGGACAAGCUGCUGACGCGAGAGGACCGUAGGUCGUCGAGGCGAAGGAGCGGAGCUGAUGUGGGAGAAGCGAGCACGAGGCUUCGGAGCGAGGACGAGAAGCUGCGAGAGAUCCGAGGGAGGAUCGACCGCGUCAGGUCGCAGGAGAGGUCGGAUGUCGAGAAGAUGAGGAAGGCAGAUCUCGUCGCGUCGACGCUCAGGGCCAAGGUUGAGGGCGAGCGGUCCCAGCGGCAGGCAGACAUGGACGCACUGAGAGCAGAGAUGCGCCGAGCGCAGAAGCUGGUCCAGAAGGCCCACGAGGUAGGAGGCGUCGCCCGACGUCGGGCUGUGCAAGAGGCAGGCAAGGGAGCUGACCGGGGAGGGGGCCAGGGGACCGGCGAGAAGAGGAGGGCCGGGGCGAGGCGCGUGGAUCGAGAGAUGGAGAUGAUGUCUGCCAUGGCGAAGAUGGAGUGGGAGACCAUGAAGCUGCUAGGGGAGGAGAUGAAGCAGCCUUGUUCAAUGCCGGCGGAGGAGCUUCUGAACAUUCAACCAGUCAUCAGGAGCAUCAUUCAGAACAUCAUCAGGGACAAGAGAGUCAUGGGAAUAACGAACAUCAUGGCAGUCAUGAACAACAUGAAGGUCACACAACGUCCUACCUACGACAACCCUCCCCCUGCUUGUACCACCAAGCCUGAUCCAGAUGAGUGCGACCGCUGGAAGAAACAGGUUGCGCGAGACAUCGAGGAUUACGAGAAGUACCUUCGCGAGUCAAGCGACUACAGCUAUGAGCGAGAAGAGCGCGACAGGAGAUCCGGAAUCGAGCCCAACAUGCACAACACUGUCCCGCAGCGUUACCCUCAUAGCGACGGAGCCGACCUCGGAGACAACUGGAUCUCGGGCUUCGACCAGCAGCACAAAGACGGGACUGGGGACAGGUUCAGAUCUCCCAGGUACGAUGCCUUGACUCUGGGGCUGGGGGCGGGGAGGUCGCUGCUGACAGCAGGAUGUAGGGACCCGAGGAGCGCGUCGCCUUUCUCGGAGGCAGGAGCGUUCUUCGGCCAGGCGGACCGAGACAGGACAGACCCGCAUUCAGCAAGGACGCCCGACUGUCCGAGGCGGACAAGGAGAGGUAGUCAGGGAGGGUGUGAGAGGCGGGCCCGGCAACCUGACGGCUGCACGCUGGUGCUCAGGCUGCAAGACCAGCGGCUGCUGCAGUUCGCGCACUCGGAGUACGGGUCGGACCACAAGUCUCCGCUGGAUCCUGAGCUGCGCAAGAUGGUGUGGGGAGAUGCCGCACAGUACAUGCAGGACUCGUACGGGUAUCCCUCAGACUCGUUCCCGUCUACGAGGCAGAUGAAGAAGCAGCUGAUGAACACGGUGACGAAAGGCGUGCUGGAAGCUCGAUACGACCGCAAGAAAGGGUUUCCCAGGGUCACGCCGCUUGUCGAGCGAUGCAGGCGGACGUGCAGCCGAUGUCCGUUGAAGGAGGUGCUCGAGCGGAGGCACACAGCUUGCAAGGCACCAGACUGCAGGCCAGGCAAGUGCUCCAAGAGCGACGACCCGCUGACGAAGCAGAUCGCCAGGGGAUCUCUCAACGGGAAGGCUGAUCCGUUCGGCUUCCAAGGGGAGCUUGAAGACGAGGAGCUGCCGGAGGAGGUUGUUGCCUCGCAACGCAAUCUUGUGAGCACGUUCAGCCGCUAUGGCGAGCCCAUCACCGACGCUAUUAUUCGGGGCUGGGACAUGCACAACGGUGUAGACUUCAUGAAGGCUGACCAGAUGACAUGAAGAAGUGGAGUGGAGUAGUUCUGUGAUGGAAUAUUUAUCUGCUGUAAGUCUUCAGGACGAGGGAGGCGGUGGGGUUCAACUGUGAUUUCGAAACUAUACUUCGUUUACCUCCACAUUUUUUGCAUAUUUAGAUC